UGUGUGUUCGUGGAUCUCUUGUAUCCUGUCACACACCUGAUUGGCGGAGUGGUGACGUCACUUCCCACGAGCACCAAAGCGUUUCCAUCUGGACCAAAGAGGAGGAGCUGUGGAUUGUUUGGGGUCGUUCUCGAGCGCAGCAAACCCUAAAAUCGACUCGUCGAAAACUAACAGAACCGGGAGCGAUGCGACAAGUCAGUUGGAGCCCGUCGGGAGCACAAGGAGGACUUUUCAGAAGGAUGUUUCGCAGAUGGUAGCGUCGCUUUUCUUCACGCCGAGACGCCGCGGCGGAGUUGCAAAGAAGCUCGCUCGGUUUGCUCCCAGUAGUCAGCCAGCGGUCAGGACUUGGUCUAAGUCCGGCUCCGAGAGGAGGACAUGUGUGCUGGGGAUGGGGCUGUGUCUCGGGACCGACGCGACAGAGGAGGAGAAGCGGGCGAGGACUCGCAGCGCCAAGAUAGACAGAGACCUGUGCGAGGGCGCCAAGCGCGAGAUGAAUGUGCUUAAAAUACUCCUGCUGGGUGCAGCAGAAAGUGGUAAAAGCACGUUGGUCAAACAAAUGAAGAUCAUUCACAGCAAUGGAUUUACCAAGCAAGAGCUCAGCAGCUUCAAGCCAGCAGUGUUGGAUAACCUCCUGACCUCUAUGAAGUUUGUUCUUCAUGGCAUGGGCGUCCUCCGUAUCAACCUGGCUAACAGCAGGAACAAGGUGCACGCCCACUCUGUGCUUUCUUGUGGUCGCUCUUUUGACGAAGAUCAGGUCUUUUUCCCCUUCCUGAGCCACGCCCUGUCCUGUUUGUGGGCCGACCAGGGGGUGAGAGCUGCGGUGGCCCGGGGGUACGAAUACGAGCUCAAUGACUCAGCGCUUUAUUUCUUUGAAAAUAUGAGCCGCAUCUCGUCUCCAGACUACGUCCCCACAGAGAUGGAUGUUCUGCGCGUAAGGCUGAGGACUUCAGGUGUAAUAGAGACCCAGUUCAAAGUCAAGCACCUCACUUUCAGGAUGUACGAUGUCGGGGGUCAGCGGACGGAGCGGAGGAAGUGGAUUGGCUGCUUUGAGGAUGUCCGGGCUGUGCUCUUUGUUGUGUCACUUAGCGGUUAUGACAUGACCCUGGUGGAGGACCCCUCCAUGAAUCGUCUGCAGGAGAGCAUGAAGCUCUUCUCCUCCAUCUGCAACAAUGUGUUCUUCCGCAGUACAUCCAUGAUUUUAUUCAUGAACAAAAUUGACCUUUUCCAAGACAAGAUUCUGCACUCGGGGCGACACCUGCGCCAUUACCUCCCGCAGUUUAAAGGAGCAGACUGCGACGUGGAUUCGGCGGCCCGCUUCAUCGCCGCCACUUUUGUGUCGCUGGACGCCACUCCCAGUAAGCUCAUCUAUCACCACUUCACCACAGCCACCGACACCUCCAAUAUCCAGGUGGUCUUUCAGGUGGUCAUGGACACCAUCAUAAAAGAGAACCUGGAGGCCGUGUCGCUCCUGUAAAUGCGGGGUUGUCCGUAUGAAGUGGGACAUAAACGGACCAACUGUUGGACCUUUGGAUGUGAGUGAGGAGUGUUGAUAUCAUCUCCUACACCGAAAGAUUAAGGAGUACUUUGCUAAUCCUUUGGAAAAUGCCAACCCUGAGCAGACUUGAGGCAGAUUUUCUGUGGAGACGUGCCCGUCUUUGAGUGUAUCUCUCCGGGCUGGUCGCAGAGAGGCUGACGAUUUCCCGUUUGUCCACGAGGUCGGGCUGAACGGCGUUCGCUCGUGUAUACCAGGAGACUUUUUCCCCUGUCGACUUCCUGAGCGUCAUACCCACCUUACUCUGAUCAGCAUUUAGUAGAAUCUGCAUCGUGCACUGUUCAAAAUCCUCACUGUCAUUCUUAAUAACAAUUAGUUAGUGCCAAAUAUUUUAACAUUUUAUAAGGUGUCUCUUAGGAAAGUCAGUUGAAUUACCUUUAAUCAUUUCAGGAUCACACUAACAGUGCCUUUUAAAUGUGAAGCAUAAGACGUUAUCGACACUGCAGUGACUGCAAUCUUCUUAUUAAGUCAUCUCUUUCUUUCAUUUUUACGCCUGACUGGAAGUGAAAGGAACUGGAUGUUAUGUUGGUGAUUUAAAUUCUUUUUUUUUUUCAUUAAAAGUGAAAGUAUGUUCCUUAUGUUCGCAGUAUCGCCUGAAACUGCAAUACACAGUAAUAAAAAGAAAUGUGUGGCUGGAA